GCGUGCUGUGAUGUGAUGGCCGACGACGCCAAAAUUUUCUAAAAUUAAAUAUCAUUGGCGGCUUGAGCACCGAUCGCGUACUUGAGUAUUGCUUUUCGUGCAUAAUAUUGAACUGUUGGUGUAGUUUUAGUGUCGAAAAUGUUGGGGUCUGGCGACGGCGGCAACAUUGUGAAGCUGAGAGGCUUGCCUUUCUCCACGACCGUUGAAGACGUCCUCGACUUUCUCAGCGGCGUCAACGUACUGAACGGAAAGGAUGGUGUGCAUCUCACUGAAGUGCGGCCUGGCAGGCCCUCGGGAGAGUGCUUUGUUGAAGUCGAGACUCCAGAGGAUGUUGAUGAAGCCUUGAAAAAGGACAAGGAGAAUAUGGGGAAGAGAUACAUUGAAGUUUUCUCCACUGACCGCCAAGACAUGGAAUGGGCUCUGAACGCCAUGCGCCAAAGCGAAAACGGCUUUGGCAGUCUCCCCCACGUGACCGAUGAUAUGGGCAUCGUCAAGCUCCGAGGCCUGCCGUUUGGCUGCUCAAAGGAAGAAAUUGUCCAGUUCUUCGAUGGGUUGAACGUCGCUACUGACGGGGUGCAUUUGCUAUCGGACGCCACGGGUCGAGCCUCUGGAGAGGCCUUCGUACACUUCUCAGACAAGGAGAGCGCGGAUCAGGCGCUGUCGAGGGACAGGGAGAAAAUAGGACACAGAUACAUAGAGGUGUUCUUGAGCUCGGCGGACGAGGUGCGCGCGUACGGCGCGCGCAUGGAGGGCGGGGGCUUCCGCUCGGCGCGCGGCUACCGGCCGGCGCCCUACGACCGCAACGACCGCUUCCAGGCCCGCCCGGCGCGCGGCCGAGGCGGCUACAACAGAGGUGACAACUUCUCCGGCGGCUUUGGCGGUCGCGGCGGGUUCCGACGAGGCGGCGGCGGCGGCGGUGGCGGCGGACACUGCGUGCACAUGAGAGGGCUGCCUUUCAAGGCGUCGCCACAAGAUGUCGCCUACUUCUUCAAACCCAUCCGGCCAAUGAACAUCAACAUACUGUACGACAACAGCGGGCGGCCUUCGGGAGAAGCUGACGUCGAAUUCGAGUGCCACGAGGACGCCAUGCGGGCCAUGCGUCGCGACAAAAACAACAUGGACCACCGUUACAUCGAACUGUUCCUAAAAUCAGCGCCAGGGGGAGGAGGUGGCGGCUUCAAGGCCAACCGUAACUUCAGAAAUUGAACCCAAUUGCCACACACUAAGGUCUAUAUUGCCACAUACGCCAACACACAAACGUAAAAAGACCACCGGUAAACGUAACUUUAGAUACUGAACUCUAUUGCCACCCACUACGGUUUAUAUUGCCACAUACAAUACACCGACAGGCAAAUGUACAAGGCUCGAAUGGAGUGAACGAAACUCAUUGUAUAAGUGACACCUGUAUCGGUAUACAGUCAGCGCAACCAUUUUAUUGGUUAAUGUGAUACACACAGAUGUUUUCAUUCACUCAUUCAUUCUAUUUGAGCCAGCUCUUAUGAAUAGACCUGUCGUAUAUCGAACUACCCCUGAUGGCUCGAAGCCAAACGCAACUUCAGAAAUUUAAUCCUAUUGCCACGCACUAAAGUUUAUAUUUCAAUACUAAGUGCUACUUUAGAAAUGAAGUUAUAUUAUUACGGAACACGGUCUAUAUCAUUCUCGAAUUUUAAUUUGAUUUAAAUCUAAAUAAAAAAAUUAAAAUAGAUAUAUGUUAAAUACAGUUACAAUAAAUGUAUUGGUAGAAUAAAAUUAUCGAAAAAUCUAUUUCUCAGGCAGUUCCAGUACGUAUAAAUGGAUUACACUCAAAAUUAAUGAAAACUGGUCACUGAUUAUGAUAGACUAGCCCGAGGUAUACAUUUUUCAAGUUCAUUUAAAAAUGAUACGAAUAUUGACUAUCAAACAGAACAUAACACAAGGAAAUAGCAAUGAACGGCAAUGUAUGAAGUUUGCUACAUUCAACUAUAGUUUUAGAAAGCAAUUUAGACUAAAUGUUACAUAAGUACAUAAAAUAAUAAUAACCCUUCCAAAAUGAACUAUAUUUUUUACCGGUCAAGGUCAGAUUUCUUAAGAUAUUUUUAGUUAGAUACUGAUUUCUUACUCAUUUUGUAUGUAAUUGCCACGAGUGGCUCCUUCCACGGCAGAUGAGCUGUCAAAAUAGCUGGGCCCGAUUUUAUAAAUCAAAUUACAAUUUCUCAAGUCUGUACUGGCAACACCGGUCAAAAGGCCUUUUGUACGCCACAGACGGCAAUUGACGUCAACGCAUAAUCGUGACAACGAUGCCAAAGGCGGCAUUUGACGACGAUCGUUUUUUGAUGGAAAUCUACUGAAAAACACCCCACUUUUAGGUUGGCAUUAAUUUAUUCACAAAACUAAAUUUUACCCCCGCGACGUCAGGGGCACGGCAAAUGGAUGCGCCGUUUGGCGUUCAAAAGGUUAAUGUUGCCAAUUUACACAUGUUAAAUUGUAAUUUAGACUAUAAAACGGGGUCCUGGUGUGAUGGAAUUUUCCAAUGAACAUAUAAUAAGUAAUAUAAUAGGUACGUUUUGUACGGAAAUUCUAUAAGAUUUUUACCCUAUUUUUUAUUGUUAUUGAACGCAAACCGAGGAAUACUAAAAUAUGCUACCUUAAAACUACCCAACUGUAAUCAGUACAACCCCAUCAUCAUCAUCAUCAUGUCAUGUGAUGGUGUAGUGUACCGGGCACGGGCCCCGCGUUCCCUUACGGUAAAGACGGUACUGGACGUAAGCGCCAACCGCCAUAAGGUACCUUUGCUCAUGGACCGUCACAUUUUCUCUUAUAACUGCGACAUUCGAAUAUUAGUCACUCCUGAAGUUAGUUUUGGGCAGUUGGAUAGUUUUACGGUAUCGUUCGUGCAGCGCCACCUACAUAAGCUGUCAUAUUUGCAGCUACAGUAUUUAGCAACCUGACUUGACUUCAAUAAAUGUAACAAGAAGACUAGUUUAUAUGAUUUAUAGUCGUAAAAAGUAUUUCUGCGAAUUUUUCAUCACACCCGAUUUAAGUAUUUUAUGUCAUCUAGCUUUAAUUCUAAUUUUAUAUUACAUAUGAUUUAUAAAUAA